CUUUUUAUUAAAAUAGUGAUUUUGCAGGCUUCAGACUGGAAUGCGUGGUGCUUUUGGCAAACCUCAGGGGACCGUUGCCCGUGUUCAUAUCGGACAACCCAUAAUGUCAGUUCGGUCAAGCGACCGGUACAAAGCUCAAGUAGUGGAAGCUCUUCGUCGCGCCAAGUUCAAAUUUCCCGGACGUCAAAAGAUUUACGUUUCUAAAAGAUGGGGAUUCACUAAAUAUGAUCGUGACCGCUAUGAACAACUGCGUGAUGAAAAUCGUUUGGAACCAGAUGGCUGUAAUGUGAAAUACCGGCCGGAACAUGGGCCUAUCUCAGCAUGGGAGAAAGCGCAACGUGACGUUUAUGCUUAAAUAUGUAUGAAACAAAGUGUUCAAUAAAGUCUAAAGCAUAUACAAAAUAAUCAUUUAACUUAAACCGA